UAACGAUGAUGCUCGUAUUGAAUCCACGAUCUUCCCGUACCAUAUAAGCUGGUAAUUGCUUAAUCAUUUCGUUUGCUUGAUUAUUCUUUGAAACAAGCAUUUCCCUAUAUUUCGCAUAAACAGCUCGCCUCAUUCUAGGGUCCAUUUGAGAUGGAUGAGGUGGCUUUUGAAGUGUCGUUGCCAUAUCACGUCUAUUUUAAUCUUUAAUUUAUUUUUUUUAUUCCUUUGUUGUUUAUGAGUCAAUGGGAAUUAAUGACUUUUUUUCUUUGUAAAUUUAUCGAUUUUCGAACGUAAUAAAUCACGAAUGAGAGAUAAAGCACGAUCGAAUGUCGUAAUCACCCUUUAUGUCUAUAUUUAAAGUACACAAAAUAACGAGUAACACCACAACUAUUUUAGAGGUGUUAAAUUUUUACUGGAUGGAAUCAAAUUUAUUAGACUUUUACUCAUAUUUGGAAUCAGAACUUGUCAAACUUUACGAGUUUUAAUUCUAGUGUGCUCGAAAAAUUCAUUCACAAUUUCUUGAUAUGUUUUUGCGCAGCAAUAAAAAUUCAUUUGACAAGUAGUUAUUAAUUCACUUUAUGUCCAUUUAACAACUUUAUUGGCACAUUAUAGACGUAUGAAGUUGGCACAGGUAUGAGUCACACAAUUUAUUGUAUUUUGUGGUUUUUCUAAAAACGAUUUGGAAAUAGAUUUAACUCAGCACUAAUUGAAUGAUCAAUUUUUUUUAAAAAUCAUAAAAUAAAUUAUGAUUAAAAAUAGGAAGUCACAGAUUUCAAUCGCGAUUACUUUAUUUGUAAUAUUUAAUAAAACUAUUCUGUAUCUGUUUUAAGCGUCUGACUCCGAUGCCGGCUUGCGAAUAACUAAAGUUUAUACACUCUACAGUCAAGUCGCGCAAAAAUAAAGGAGAAAAAAUGAAGAAUAAUUAAAAAGAGAACUCCAACAACAAAUAAGAAAAAAAAAAAAAUACUGUAAGGCAGCAGCAUUAAGCGAAAAUGAAAAUAAACAUUUAUUCACACACAUAUUUAGGUAAUUCCGUAUACAUAAAGAAUACAAAUCACAUUCGAGUGUCAAGCAGGCAGUCAGCCGUUUCGAUUAGUGAACUAUCACUUUCGAUUUUCUUUUAUUUCUCUCGCAGCAGCAGCAAACAUUUUGCUUGCCUCAAAUUAUUGCGGAAAAAAACGAAUAAAAUUUUUUUGACGAGUUGAAAAAAUAGAACAAAAAAUUAAUUUCCUCUCUUUUGUGAUCGUUUCUUUUUUUAACUGUUGGAGCGUUGUACGUAGGUGUAUUAACAGAAUAAAGCUUUGCAUCAAUAUGGACAUAUGGUCAUGAAAUUUAUUCUUUAUAAAAAUAGACAUAUACACACUUUUCCGCAUUUUAUUAGCUUUAUUAUAUUUUUAAUGUGAUACAGAUGAGUUUUUGGUGCUCAUUUUGUCCUCAUUUGGUUGCCUAGCUACACAAUCAAUAGUUUAUUUUCUUUGCAAAUCUGCAGAUUGUAAUAAAAAGCAAAUGUAUAUUAUUUUGAGUUUUACAGAAAUAGAUGGCUGACCUGUCUGAUGGUGCUGAUGGUGCUGAUCGAUGGUGAAAAUGGGAAAUUUGUACUCGAAUGCACAAUUGUUCUAAAAAUGGAUCUUGAAAUCAUUAAGUGUUCAUUGAGAAGUUCAAUCAUUCUUCUCAAAUAUUCUAGCUAUACUUCUGAUUUAUUAAUGCUGUCAUAUAAUUUUUCUAAUACACUUAGCUUUCCUUUUUUGCUAUAGUCUUACAAUUAAAUUGAUUGCUUUACUUAAGUAAGCGAAACCAAAUCUUAUCAAAAUCCCAAUUAAAUUUAAUAGAAUUUAUUUUAACCAUAAACAGUAUAAACUGAGUUUUAAAAAUUCAAAGUGAUAAAUUGAUGGUCAUUAAGGAGACUUUCAUAAACAGAAGUAAUGCUAACGAAUCAAAACAAAGUGUUUUGAAAACAAAUCCAUUUGCUUUAAUUGAAUUUUACAUUCAACUUUAAUUUUUCUUUAAUUUGAAAUGCAUUUAUUUUAUUGCUGUCGAUUUAUGGAUAAAACUCAUUAUUUUUAUUAUGUAAGAAAUUUUAAGAAAAUUUAUUCAAUGAUUUGCAAUCAUUAAGCCUCUACUUAAUGAAGUGGCUGAAAGGUAUUAAUAAGUCUGUAGGAUGAGAAAUUGAGCUGGUGCACGUGUUCGUUGAAGAGAUAUAAUUGUGAUUUCUGGAACAACUCUCUCCUUCAACAUAUUCACAGACUUCUGUUGAUCCUAGACAUUAAGUAAAAAAGAUCAGUUUGAUCUAUGUCAUGAAAAAAGAGCAUAAAAAAUAAUCAUUUUUAACAAAAAGCGUUGUGACUGAAAAUGCUAGUCAUUAUGAGCAACUAAGCAUUGCG